AGAUUGAGUGAUUAAUUUGUUGUUGUUGCACACCACCGCACAUAAGUGCAUUUAACCAAUUACCAUAGUGGGCAGGGGGCAGCCAAAGCUAACCCCCCAGGGAGCAGUGUGUGGGGAUGAACCUUAGAGGAUUCAAGUCCACUUCCUAAACCACCACAGCACGAGGAUGAACUGGACAUAUAUACUAUAAAAUUGGACAAAACAAUUCACCCUUAACUGUUAACAUUCUUACAAUUACUUGGCAUGUGAUCAACAAUAUUAUCAUUUCUUAAAUAUUGUUGGCUACAGGCUCAUUUUAGAUCAAAAAUGAUAUAAAUUGAUAGUUGAAUAGUUAAAUGAACUGAUGUAAGAUGAGUUUUUGUGUUGCUUCCUUCCUUCCUGAAUACUGAACAGUUAUGAGAGAUCAAAGAAAAAUGAAGUGGAUCUUGGGAUAUCCUUACAUCAAGAAAAGUAGGACACAACAAAGGAAAACUCUACAAGAAUUUUUUUUUUUUUAAAUACAGUACCUUAUAGCUAUAUCCAAUCACUAGAAAUAGAACAUGUCUUAAAUUAUAAUUAUAUCUAUUUUAUAAUUAUCUAUUAUUUUACAACUAAUACAAUCACAGAAGAAAUAAAAUAAAUAAAAUAGACUUUGUGUUUUGGCAUCGAUUACAGUGUACGUUUCAAAGGUGAAUACCCUUAAACAAACUAUUAAGCAAGCGAGAACUUUGUGCGGGUACAAUACAAGGCCACACAGAUGUUGUAUGUUUGGAUAGCAGUGUCUCUGACAUCAAAGAAAGGUUAGAUAAAAUAAAGUGGCAAAGAAUCUGUGAUUUCAACUGAGUUUAAAGACUUUAAGACAGCGCCUUUAGAGUAACAUACUCUGGGAUUUUCUUUUCUAACGAUUAACUUCAAAAGCUCAUAUAUGGUGUUAACAAAUCUGCUUCCUAUAAAUCUUUUCAAAAUGUAUUUAUUAUAUUUGGCAGAUUAUCACAAUUAUCUACUGAAUUGUUAUAAUUUAUACAUAUAAUUUUGUUAAAUACUUUCACUAAUGCAAAAUGUGGGUUUUUCUGAUUACGUCGUACAUAAAAAAGUCGAUGUCAUAUUAGUCGAUGUUUUAUUUUGGAGUUUCCCACAGGAAAAAGAAAGUUCGCCAAAUUACGUCAUGGGAAACCAACCGGAAGUAAACGUAUAUACCAGGAAAUAAACAUAUAGCCAACAAGCACCAAACUAAUACUAACUAUUACUCCAACAUCAUUUUACAGGAAUAAUUGCGUCAUAUUUAGUGACACUAUUUUUGCGCUACGAACCUAACAGUUGUCUUAAUGCAUUUGUUUUCUAUCGCUUUCAUGAGCCUGGAUUUGUUAUAACCCACAGCGAGAUCAACACCAGAGAAUGGACAAUAAUAGCAUUUAUGUGCGAGAGAAAGGCAAACUCCGUUGUGUCAGUGGCAUAGUACUUUCACAGCACAAGUCGGUGUCAUCCUGCAGGAGGACAAAUCCGUUCGUGGUAAAAAAGGAGCAUUUUAUAUUCACCUAUAACACAGAGGGAAGUCUGAGGUACUCCACCAAAUCCCUGUUCGAGCUCACGUUACGGUUCGUCGCUGACAACAUUCACCAUGUGGACUCUCUGGUGGGUUUCCCAGAGCAAAUAGGAGAUAAGCUGUUUGCUGCAGCAGAGGAGAACCGUGUGUUUUCAAACCCGGACAUUUCUUGUAAAGCCCUGCAGUUGUUCAGUGAUGCUUAUGGGCACAUGGUACUCGAAUCUCUAUGCCUGCGAAAUAGGUUCCCCCUCCUUCAUGAGAAAAUGGAUGAAAUAAAAACAUUCCAUGGCUUAAAAUGCUUGGAUUUGUUUGGCUGCAGACUGGGAGAUGACCAUGAGAUGUUUCAGCAUCUAACCUCUACCUCAUUGGCAAACUUAACCCACCUCGCUAUUGGUGGCAACAAUUUGUCAGAUGUUGGCCUGCAAAGACUGACGGCACCAAUACGGAUCAUGAAGAAGGGUCUGGGUGGUCUCCAGCUUUUGGAUAUUUCUCACAAUCCUAUCUCAGAAAAGGCUCUCAGAUACCUCAGAUGUCUCCCUAAACUGGAACAGCUAGAUGUUUCUGGGACUCUGUUAAAGCCUGGUGCAGAUUUGAAGAUAAGGAUCAGAAACCUGUUGGGAUUUGUUUUUUCGGAGAAGCCGCUGGACGUCUUUGAUCAUUCAAAAUGUAAAACUGAAGGCUGGGCAGAGCAGUGGGAGACAAAUAGCUUAAAGAUGCCAAAACUGAAGAAAGUUGACCCUUCGAGAACAUCCUCACAGCGCUUUUUUGGCAGGCAGAAGUUUGUCAGAGAGGUCCUGAACACUUCUCCCCUCAUCCAUGACAGUCAGGAUGACGUCACUAAAGACUGCCUGCAUUUCUUCAAACCUGCAGCAUAUAACCAAAAAAAUAGCGAUCAAAGUCCUGCAGAGAAGAAAGUAAUUGGUUCCUGUCAUGGUGUCAGAAAAAGAAAGAGGGAGUUGGAGACAUUGGACAAAUCCCAUCUUGGCCCGUCCUCCUCGUCUUUCUCUGCAGAAGACAUUGUGUUGUUGAACAGCUACUAAAUGAGGAGACCAUUCUGUAAAGAGCAGAACACAGGACUCCUGUGGCGAACACAGAGGUAACAAAUAAAUACGUGAAAUGACUCACACUGGUAAAAUAUACGUUUAUAAAUAAAGUUGUUUUUCUAUGAUGCUAACCUCCAUUUUGAAUAUUUUGUGAUUUAGAAAUGUACCCAGU